GGGCCUAGGGCGGAGCACACUCAGAGCCCCGGGGCGGUCCCCUCGCCGCCGCGCCCCGGCCCCUGCUCCUCGCAAGGCUCAGCGGAGAAGAGCCGGGAAACACCGCGGGAGCCCGAGUAGGGAGGUGACACCCGCCCGGGGCGGUGCACGGCCCGAUCUGCGCGCCCAUGCCGACCCGCGGAACCGCUCUGCCCCGGUGACCCGACCCCGAAACCCUCGUCAGCGGUGCGGAGCAGAGAGAGGAGACGGAGGGGCAGCCUCUGUGGGACUAACUCAUGAAGAACAAGGGUGCCAAGCAGAAGCUGAAACGAAAGGGAGCCGCUAGUGCGUUUGGAUGUGACCUGACAGAGUAUCUGGAAAGCUCGGGACAGGAUGUUCCAUAUGUGCUGAAGAGCUGUGCCGAAUUUAUAGAGACUCAUGGCAUUGUGGAUGGAAUCUACCGUCUCUCAGGUGUCACCUCAAACAUCCAGCGGCUAAGGCAAGAGUUCGGCUCAGAUCAAUGUCCAGAUCUGACAAGGGAAGUGUACCUCCAAGACAUCCACUGUGUGGGCUCCCUGUGCAAGCUCUACUUCAGGGAGCUGCCCAACCCCCUCCUGACCUACGAGCUCUAUGAGAAAUUCACGGAAGCAGUAUCUCAUUGCCCGGAAGAAGGCCAGCUGGCCCGAAUCCAGAACAUUAUCCAGGAGCUGCCCCCACCGCAUUAUAGGACCUUGGAAUACCUGAUUCGACACCUGGCCCACAUCGCCUCAUUCAGCAGCAAGACCAACAUGCAUGCCAGGAACCUGGCCCUGGUGUGGGCCCCGAAUCUCCUCAGGUGUAAAAAGAUCGAAGCCACUAUAUACAAUGGAGAUGCAGCCUUUCUGGCAGUCCGGGUCCAGCAGGUGGUGAUUGAAUUCAUACUGAACCAUGCCGAUCAAAUCUUCAACAGUGGUGCUCCAGGGCCUCUGCAGCAGGAUGAAGCCCGUAUCACAAAGAGCCUGACCUUGCCGGCCCUGUCCCUGCCCAUGAAGUUAGUAAGCCUGGAGGAGGCUCAGGCCCGAAGCUUGGCGAUAAACCACCCUGCUCGAAAGGAAAGACGAGAGAAUAGCCUGCCUGAAAUCGUCCCUCCCAUGGGCACCCUCUUCCACACAGUCCUUGAUGUACCAGACAGCAAGAGAAAGCUUUCCAGUAAAUCAAAGAAGUGGAAGUCAAUAUUUAACCUGGGGCGUUCUGGAUCGGACUCGAAAUCCAAGCUGAGCAGAAAUGGGAGUGUGUUCGUGAGAGGACAGAGACUCUCAGUGGAAAAGGCUACUAUCCGGCCAGCUAAAAGCAUGGACUCGCUGUGUUCAGUGCCUGUGGAAGGAAAAGAAAGCAAAGGAAAUUUCAAUCGAACAGUCACCACCGGUGGAUUUUUCAUUCCAGCCACAAAAAUGCACACAAGCAGCACUGGCAGCUCCUGUGAUCUCAGCAAGGAGAGUGAAUGGGGUCAGGAGGGGAUGCCGGCAGGGGCUGAGGGGGGCUGUGAGGUGAGCGGUCAGAUCAGGCCCCUGCCUGAGCAGCUGAAAGUGUUCCGCCCCAUCGGGGAUCCUGAGAGCGAGCAGGCUGCCCCAAAGCUUCUGGGAAUGUUCUACACCUCCAGCGACAGUCCUGGCAAAUCCGUCUUCACCAGCAGCUUGUUCCAGAUGGAGCCCUCACCGCGCCACCAGCGAAAGGCGCUCAACAUCUCUGAGCCCUUCGCUGUGUCGGUGCCACUCCGCGUGUCUGCAGUCAUCAGCACCAACAGCACCCCGUGCAGAACACCCCCCAAAGAGCUGCAGUCUCUCUCCAGCCUAGAAGAGUUUUCUUUCCAAGGUUCAGAAAGCGGAGGAUGGCCAGAAGAGGAGAAGCCUCUGGGAGCUGAGUCUUUUCCAGCUUCUGUGGCUAAGAAGGCAGCUCCCGAGGACUCCAUGCCAGAACCUGAAGCCCUGGGGACAGCAGAAUGUAGCCAAGGCCCCCCUCUGGACCCAGGUACCCAAGCGGAGAAGAAAACCUUGGAAAUAUCCCUGGACCCUCAACUCUCGAGAGGACCAGAGAAGAGGCCAAAUGCGGAGAAGGUGGUGGAGGAAAGCCAGGGGGCUGGGCAGCUGAAGACAACCACUCCACAUGAGAGCUUCAGGGUCAGGACAGAAGCAGCGCUUCUCCAUGAGAUGGAUGAAGAUGAUCUAGCUCACGCCCUGAUCUGGCCUGAGAUUCAACAGGAACUGAAAAUCAUUGAAUCAGAGGAGGAGCUCUUGUCAUUGCCACCCCCUGCUCAGAAGACAAGCCCAAUUAUUGAGUCAGGUCCAGCCCCAUCUCCCUUCCCAGAGGCCUCUGGGAGCUCACCCUGUAGUUCUACACCUCUGGAAAUGUGGACUAGGGACUCAACCAAUCAGAGCACACAGGAGGCUGCCAUCCUUGCCAAUAGAGAGAAGUUGGAGCCCGUCUGCAGCCUCCCUGAGUCAGAGUGUAAGCAGGGACUCAGCCCAGACCCGGCCAGUCUAGCACCUCUGCAAAUACUUCUGUUUGAGAAGGCCUCUUCUCCAGCUAGGAUAGAGAUGGGAGGCCCAAGAAAUCUCUCUCCACCACUUCCUCCUGCUCCUCCACCUCCAACUCCCCUGGAGGAGGAGCCUCGAGUCUUGCUGUCAAAGGAAGGCCCUGACAGAGAAGAAGCAUCCACGGAUUCCAGGACAGAUCCCAACACAGAGCAGCCAAACCCCAAAGUCAACCCUGGCGUCCCUAGCCCCUGUCAGAGAGAGGAGGCCAUUACAAGCCCUAAGGAGAAGCAAGAUGCAAAGCCUGCUGCUCCUGAGAGCGAAGGCCCUGGUCUCCCAAGCCCAGCAAAGGAGGUCGAAGUGGCCCCACAAGAGGAGGAGGAUGCCCCCCAUGCAGCACAAGAGCCUUCAGACUGUGACGAAGAUGACACUGUGACAGACACUGCUCAGCAUGGCCUGGAGAUGGUAGAGCCAUGGGAGGAGCCCCAGUGGGUAACCAGUCCCCUUCAUUCUCCCACCCUGAAAGAAGUACAGGAGUCCCAGGUACAGUGUCACCAUGGCCACCGACUGGAGAGGAGACUUUGCCACAGGCCCAGCCUUCGCCAGAGCCAUUCUCUGGAUAGCAAAACCACUGGUCAGAGCCACUGGACUCUCGAGGUUUCCUUCUCCAGCAGUUGUGCUAAUCUUGAAACAGAGGGGAAUUAUGAGCCUCUGAAGCCCCCCACAGCCAGGAACAAGAGUGCUGGGUGGGAGGAAAAGGCCCUGAAAGCCUUCAGAGAGUUCUCUGGCUUGAAAGGGUUAGAGGUUCUUCCCAGCCAGAAGGGAUCAUCUGGUAUACCACCCAAACCAGUAGAAACCAACUUCAUCAGUCUGGCAGAAGGAAAGGAGCAGGGACCACAGCUGGAACUCAACAACCCUCAGAUGAAACACAGUGAUGUUCCUGGGCCAGAAAGCAGCAUGGAGAGUUCACCUAGGGCUCAAGACAGCACCUCACCUGGGGAGCAUGCCCUAAAGUCACAGCCUAAGAGCAAUGAGUAUGGACCCUCAAAAGGGAAACACAGGCCUUCUUCCCUCAACUUGGACUCUGCCAUGCCCAUAGCUGACCUCUUCCGACUUGAGAAUGGGGCUUCAUUUAGUUCACCUGGAAUAGAGAUCUCUGAACUAGGAGACACGAAGGUCACCUGGAUGACCUCCUCUCACCGUAAAACAGCCCCUGGGAACUCCCAGGACACCCAGGACCUGGACAUUGUUGCCCCUGCUCUGACAGGCCGCCGGAACUCAGCUCCCGUGAGUGUGUCUGCUGUGAGAACAUCCUUCAUGAUCAAAAUGUGUCAGGCCAAGGCUGUCCCUGUCAUCCCACCCAAGAUUCAGUACACACAGAUCCCACAGCCCCUGCCCUCUCAGAGUACAGGGGAAGGUGGGGCUCAGUCUCCAGAGAGGAACCAUGAACCUGGUUCAACCACGGAGAACCCUCAGAAACCCACCAAAGAUGAUCCUCCCUCUUCCCUGGAAAACCCAGAGGAAGAGCAACCAAAGCAAGAGGCAGGAGCCUUUGCAUCCCAGAGGAAGGGCAGCACCACAUCCUGCACAUGUGAGGGGUCCAUCUGCUCUCCAGAACCUGGAAUAUCCAACCUGCUCUCCACACAGGAUGCAAUGGUGCCAUGCAGAAAGUGCACAUCAGAGACAGAGACAGAGCCAUCAGGAGACAACCUUCUUUCUUCAAAACUGGAGCGAGCGUCUGGGGGUCCUAAGUCUUUCCACAGGUCAAGGCCAGGAAGACCUCAGAGCUUAAUCUUAUUCCCCAUCAUGGACCACCUACCCUCCUCAUCCACAGUGAUAGAUUCCAAGGUCCUGCUGUCCCCUAUCAGAAGCCCUACUCAGACAGUUUCCCCUGGCCUUCUCUGUGGGGAUUUGGCAGAAAACACAUGGGUCACACCAGAAGGGGUUACGCUUAGAAAUAAAAUGACCAUCCCCAAGAAUGGCCAAAGACUAGAGACUUCAACAAGCUGUUUUUACCAGCCCCAGCGGAGAUCCGUGAUUCUGGAUGGAAGAAGUGGGAGGCAAAUAGAAUGACACCAGUUGGCCUGCUGGUGUCUGCAAAAAUGUCAGGUUCAUCUGGAAGUUAUUAUGGGGCCAACUGGCCAUUUUCCAGGCACAAGUUAUCUAAACCUCUGACCACCCCCUCUCCCCCACUUCCCCUGCCUCUCUCUUUGUCUUUGACUAUGCAUGAGUCCAUUUGCCAGAAGAGUGGUCAAGACAAGGACCAAAAAGUGAGAUUUAAGUAAGUCCACAGGAGCAAGUUGGGAAGGUUAGGCAAGGGAAGAGAAUGGAAUGCUUGCCUCCAAUGGAAAUUGGGGCUCGUCUGUAAGUCACGUUAUUCCUCCGUUACCAUUAUCUAUUACUGUUAGGAGCCGGCUGUGUUAGUAUCCCUUGAAAGAAAGAAAAAUCCUUUGCCUGAGUCAGAAAAAUCUUCCUGUUUCCAUUGAAGGCUUCUUCGUGCUUUUUGUUAUGCUCUGUAUAGCGUGUGUUCUUUUAGACCCGUUUUCUAAUAAGCUCUGUAAAACUGUGUUACCCCCCAGAUAGAAGCAGAUCUGAAAAUGCAAACUAACAUGCACUUAAGAUAGCCAGGUGAAGGAACUUCCUGUGUUCUUUCCCUGGGGCUGCUGCAAACCUGUCCGAGGUGAUCCAUGAACCAUGUAGAAAAUCAGAAUCAGUACUCAAGAGCAAAGCCCCAGAUUGGCACCACCCAUGAACCCUUCCUUUAUUGUGGCUUUAUUGUGACCCCACCUGCCACUGUGCUGAGCUCUGAUUAACAAAUCUAUCAGCUCGGCACACUGAGGACUGUACAUGCUAGGACUGGGAAGUCAUAUAGGCAUGCAGGAGUGAUGUGUUGGCUUCCUUAGUAGUACCAGAACCCAAGUGCCACACAUCCUAGAGAAAAGGCUCACAGAAAAGCACAACUUCAUUAUAAACCUGAUGUGUUUAAGUUGGCCGGCAUUAGGGAGAAACAUGCUAGCUCAGCUUCACUCUCCAUUCCUAGGCUGUCAGGGCCUAGCAGGACAGAAGAGGCAAUGAGGAGCCCCAGGAGAGUGGCUGUCACUGUCAUUCACUGUCCUCAAAGAAGCACUGCCUUUAGUCAGUGGUUCCCUUCCUUUCUCCUUCUCUCACCAUUACUCAAGGGCAGAUUUGAGAAACUCUGUAAACCCCCUCCCCCCGUCCACCUAAACCCUUAGACUUGCUCUUUGACAUUGUCUAGACACAAGCAGAUGCAACAAACCAAUGUGGUGUUCUUCAUCUCUGCUGGAAGAUUUCUGGUGUUUCCCUUCAAAGACUGAAUGGGGCACUUCAGACUCUCGAAAGUUUCUCUAAAGACUAGCAGUACCUCUAGGCUGACCCCAGUCAGAGUCAGUCCUGGACUGGGUAGGGGCUAAGCUGGUCACUUCCAAUGGGAAUGUGGAAACAGAUGCACUGUCACAGAUUUCAUGUCCUCCUUUUCCUCCCUGGGUAACCUGGAGGAUUUGAAAUCCUUUUAAGCCAGGGCCUGGGGUAAGGAUAACUAGUAAGUCAACUAAUGAGAGUGAGCCCACGUGAGGGAGCAAGGGAAUAAGUUAAUAGGUUUUCAGCCCUUGCUCUCCCAUUAGGUGAGGAAAACAUUGGGCCAACAGCCACUGAGAUGUCAACCCACAAGAAGUCUUAGGACACAACAUGUCCCCCUAGUCACAAAAGAUGAAGAAAUAUGGUGUGGAGAGAUGAGAAAGGCCAUGUUCGGAAGAUUUGAAAAGUGCACGCCUAACAGCGUCAGUGUACUUAGGGUGUGCUUUGAUAAAGACUAGUUCUGGUUAGAAUGCAAGAGAAAAAGAGCUAAGCACCAAAACACUGAAACUACUUAAUGAUUGAGAUUUUCUAAUACUUCUAAGAUGUAUUUGUAUUGGCAGGUAGACAGAGAAGCCAUCAUUUACACAGUGACAAACGACUUCAAUUCUGAGGGGCCAAUUUCUAAAAUGACUGCUGUGCUCCUUUAGAUACCAUUCAUUUAUGACACCCUCUGAGAGAAUGGCCAUGUGGGUGUCUCCAUGACCCACUGGCACCUGUUUGGAAAUAUUCCUUAUUCCAAGUUUUCUUAGCCAGUCAAUUCCAGAAGGGCUUGGAGGCUUUACCAUCUCAGUAUCCUGCUCCUCAAGUGUGGCCCUUUUUGAUGGUCUUAUAGCUUAUCAACUGUCACAUACAUUCAUAGAUUUUGUGGUCUGGAUGAGCCUGGCAUUGAUGAAAUCCCAUUCCACAGCAAAGAAAUUGUCCCUCGAGAUGCCCUGGGGUCACCAUUUGGCCACCAGCUGGGGCUCUCAUACAGGAAUCCUGAGAAUGGCCAGGCGAGAAUCAGACUGCUUGUUCCCAUCCAGGCUCUAGAAGUACCACUGUUGUCGGGACCUGCUGAUAUGCCAAAAAGAGCAGGAGAGUCACUCCAGAGCAACUGCCAGUCCUCAACAUGGGAUAGCUCAUUAUUUAAAGACUGAAGCUCAAACAAAAUACAUACAUGAACCCUUUUUGGCAUAUGACUGUUGCUUAAGACAAUAAUCCAUAUUUAUUUGCAAAAUGGCCCUCCCAGGACUUUCUUCCCCCUUUUUGCCAAAAUGGAGUGGAAAAAGAGCAUUUAAUUUUUUAUUCUCUAUUUUUAGAAUAUGAAAAGAUCUGACCAAGAUGUCAUUAUAAAAAAUACUAUUAGCUUAAUCUAAGCCUUGAAACUCAAAGUAGUGCUCAAAUUAAAAUUCUUGAUUCUCGAGACACUAAGAAUGUCAAUGUUCGCAUCCUCAUCAAGUACUUAUGCUUGGUAACUGGGCACUAGUUACCUUAGCACUCCUACAUUGUUGAGGAGUCUAACAAAGAAGGAGGGAUGCUGACAAAUCAAAAAGCUUGAAACAACUAGGAGCAGGGUGAGGACCACCAUUAGAUGCCCAAAAAAAGGCAGAAAGCAGCAAGCAACUAGCACCUUUCAGUAGGAAUGUUAACAGUAUUCAAAUGACCCACUAAUCUUAAAUAAUCUAAUUAAGCAGAAUUGCAAAUCCAAUAAAAUGUAUCAAUGAGACACUUGGGUGUUGAGAACUUUGUUUUUAAGGGUCAACGUGAAAAUGGAUAUGUUUUUCUGAUAGUUUGCAUGAUCCUCAUUGUAAGGUCUAACUGUUGGAUGCCUACUUAUAAGCCAAGUAGGAUCAGAUUCCACACACCUUAAAAAAGGAUUUGAGAGAUUUUGAUCAUCAAAAGACGAGUUAAUUUCUGCUGUUGAUGAAGACACAGAUAGGUCCAAGACAAACUGUUAAAUUCAUGUAGUGUUCAACACACAACAAUCACAUUUGGCAGAGGUUAGGUUGGUAGGUCAUUUGUCUACCAAGCCUUGUGUUCCUACCUUAAAAAGCUCUGAAGAACAUAAGACUUGUUUGUUUAGGAUUGGAAUGGAAGAAGUUUCCAGUAGGCCAAUUUCUGUGCUUACAUAGAUUAGGACUACCUUCUGUCACAGCUGGUCCUACUUGAUGACAACAUGCAUCUUGGGAUUUGCUGACCAAGAGUAUGAUUUCAGGCAUGUCAAAGAGGAAGGUCAGUUCAAAAUGUAUGGCAAAGAAGGUGCCCUCCUUUCCUAGCCAAACAGAGGUGAAAGAGGGAGUAAAUGCACCUUUCUGGGCAAGAGGAGAGAGAUGGCAAAGGGUGAUUGGCUGAGGAGACCAGCACCAGUCCAGGCAGAAUAAAACAAUUGGCACACAGAUCACUUAGCUUGAGGUACAAGAGCAAUGCAGAGAUUGGUUCUCAAUGUGAGUCAAAAAAGAGGUAGCUAAUGUAAGAAGCUAUGAAUCCAGUCGUGUGCAUCACUGGAUGAACUGCAAUGCUUUGAACUGACAUAAUGCCAUUGUACUUUCUAGCUUACAAUUCUGCAAAGUAAAGCACUUUUUUUCAAAGAAAACUAUUGGCAGUCAUAUGAUUGAUUCCAAGCUGUUUUUGAGCUCUGCAAAUGUUUCCAAAGAUAUAAUCAAAAUGUUUUCUAUUCAUUAAAAAAAUAUUAAACAUGCCCAUAGAGAAAUUUAAGUGUAAUUAAGAGAUUGUUAUGUUUUAAAAUGUACUCUAAUAAACCAUAUAAAAUUUAA